GUGACAACAGCUGUUCAGUUGAUUUUUGUUGUGUGUGUUGUAAACAAAGGCUGUGAAUUUUUUAAAAAACACAGUGUUUUAUAGAAAAAAACAGUGAAAAUCAUGUCGUACCCCCAUCAUCGCAGGGAUGCGUAUCGAAGCAACUUCACAUACGUCAGCCCUUGCGUCAAGUAUCUGAUUUUUCUGCUCAAUUUUAUUUUUUGGUUUCAGUGUUGCGGCCUCAGCUCCGAAGGCUACAUGGACUGGUCAAAAAACGAGUAUUUCAACUGCAGUUCGCCAAGCGUGGAGCGAUGCGGAGUGCCGUUCUCGUGCUGCACAAACGACCCGAACGCGCCACUGGUCAACAUCAUGUGCGGCUAUGGAGCGCAAACCCUUUCGAUCGCCGAAGCGGGCAAAAAGAUCUGGACGUCCGGAUGCAUCGAAAUAGUCCGGUCCUGGGCCGAGGGAAACUUGUACGCAAUCGCAGGAGUGGCGCUGGGCGUGGCGCUGGCGCAACUGUUUGUCAUCUAUCUGUCAAAAACGCUCGAGGGCCAGAUCGAGCUGCAGAAGUCGCGCUGGGCCAGUUGAAACUGGGGCCUGCCCUGUAUGUAUGACGUCAUUUCGGUGUAAAUGCGGCGUUGCGUAUCUCUCGUUUUGAAUGAUCUGGGAAUUUUUGUAAACUAGGCUAGGUUGUCUAGGUUAAGGCGACUGUAUUCGUAUCAGUAAAGUCCGUUUUUUCCA